CCGAGGCGGCGGGGCGAGGCGGGGCACCCGAAGGUGCGGGCAGGAGCUUAGGCCAGGGCGCGGGGAGACCGAGGCCCCGAACCCGUAGGACUCCGAUGGGCCCAGGAAGCCGCCUAGCCACGGAACCAUGUGCCUUUUAAGUAGAGGCCCUUUUAAAUUUCCUUCGACCAACCCUUCUGCCGGACAUAAUUGGCAUCCUCCCAGGGAAUAGGAGUCUCAGUAAUCUGGAUAGGGGCUGCGGUCAUAGCCAGUGCCCGCAAUGAAGAAUUGGUGUAUUUUUGUCUGCCAUUGAAUGAAAAAAAUGCAAUGUCAUUGGAGUGACAGAUGUUAUAGAGGGUUCUCUGUAGGGUCUCACAGAAGAGGAUGUUAGGUACAUUCUCUCAGCAUGGGCGCCAUCUAGAAAGGACCGUCUGUACCAUGAGGGUCCUGUUUGGUGUCUUCAGAAGACGGGUUGAUGUAACGCGGCUGUACAUCACCAACCAAGUGGGAGCGAGGAGCCGGCCUGGUGCAGGUGUGGGCGCACCUGUGCAAGAUCCAGGUCUCCUUCAAGACCGCCAUAUUGCCCUCUCCGCUUCCCCGCAGCCUCCCGGCCCCUUGCCCCCUCACCCCAGCAUCGCCCUCAGGGUGGCCAGCUCCUCCACUCCCCCCCCCCCGCCCCAGGCGUCCUACCUCCCGCCUGCCCUUCUCCCCCAGCCCCGGGUGUGGUCUGUUCCUGUCUGUCAGAGGCAUCAGUCUGUGCUGCUCAGGAGGUCUGGGUGGGGUUCCGUGGCAGCCUGGACCAGCUCACCUGGUUGUCAUCCUGCCAGGACCACCUAUUAGCAGGGACGCCCCGACCUCCAGCCCUGUCUGGGGGGGAGGGGGCAGACCUCCCGCCUGCACUCAAGGCUGCCUCCAGGAGGGGACUGCAGUGCCCACCUCCUCCUGCAGGGCCACUCCCUGCUUUCAGUCUGUCGCCAUAAUAUGGCUGAUGUGCUGCUGCGGAUUUCCCAGCCCCUCAGCAGCAGCAGCUGCUGGAGGAAAAGGGAGCCUGCAGCUAUUUUGUCUCUGCCCAGGACUCACUUGCUACCUGACCACUAUGACCCCUGCUUAAGGAGGAGGGAGGGAGAAUACAGCCAUGCUGAGUGACGUCCAGGAGGCCACACUGUCAUGUCAUUCCUUUUCCUUCUUUUUAUUUCAGUUUUGGGAGGUCAUCAGUGAUGAGCAUGGUAUCGACCCCACUGGCAGUUACCAUGGCGACAGUGACUUGCAGCUGGAGAGAAUCAAUGUCUACUACAAUGAAGCUGCUGGUAACAAAUACGUACCUCGGGCCAUCCUGGUGGAUCUGGAGCCUGGCACCAUGGACUCAGUCAGGUCUGGGCCAUUUGGCCAGAUCUUCAGGCCAGACAACUUCGUCUUUGGCCAGAGUGGUGCCGGCAAUAACUGGGCAAAGGGCCACUACACAGAGGGAGCAGAGCUGGUGGACUCCGUGCUGGAUGUGGUGAGGAAGGAGUCUGAGAGCUGUGACUGUCUCCAGGGCUUCCAGCUGACCCACUCGCUGGGGGGUGGCACGGGGUCCGGGAUGGGCACGCUGCUCAUCAGCAAGAUCAGGGAGGAGUACCCCGACCGCAUCAUGAACACCUUCAGCGUUAUGCCUUCUCCCAAGGUGUCAGACACCGUGGUGGAACCCUACAAUGCCACCCUCUCUGUCCACCAGCUGGUGGAGAACACCGAUGAAACCUACUCUAUCGACAAUGAGGCCCUGUAUGAUAUAUGUUUCCGCACCCUGAAACUGACCACCCCCACAUAUGGGGACCUCAACCACCUGGUGUCGGCCACCAUGAGCGGGGUCACCACCUGCCUGCGUUUCCCAGGCCAGCUGAAUGCAGACCUCCGCAAACUGGCCGUGAAUAUGGUGCCCUUCCCCCGGCUGCACUUCUUCAUGCCCGGCUUUGCCCCCCUGACCAGCCGGGGCAGCCAGCAGUACCGGGCCCUGACCGUUCCUGAGCUCACCCAGCAGAUGUUCGACUCCAAGAACAUGAUGGCUGCCUGCGACCCCCGCCAUGGCCGCUACCUGACGGUGGCCGCCAUCUUCCGGGGCCGCAUGUCCAUGAAGGAGGUGGACGAGCAGAUGCUCAACGUGCAGAACAAGAACAGCAGCUACUUCGUGGAGUGGAUCCCCAACAACGUGAAGACGGCCGUGUGCGACAUCCCACCCCGCGGCCUCAAGAUGUCCGCCACCUUCAUCGGCAACAGCACGGCCAUCCAGGAGCUGUUCAAGCGCAUCUCCGAGCAGUUCACCGCCAUGUUCCGGCGCAAGGCCUUCCUGCACUGGUACACGGGCGAGGGCAUGGAUGAGAUGGAGUUCACCGAGGCCGAGAGCAACAUGAACGACCUGGUGUCCGAGUACCAGCAGUACCAGGACGCCACGGCCGACGAGCAAGGGGAGUUCGAGGAGGAGGAGGGCGAGGAUGAGGCUUAAAUUCAGAACCGAAAGCAGGUUAGGGAAAGAUGUAGGAGGAAAGCUAGGGGGAGGGGGGCGUACGGGUGAAAUCUCUGGCAGUUGAAGAAGCAUGGUAUAUUUAGGUGUGCACUAGGUCUCUGGUGCUCUUCACUGUUGCUUGUCAUCCCUCCCCUUUUUUAUUUUAUUUUAUUUUAUUUUAUUUUUUGUAAUAUUGGUUACAUCAGUGUAACCUUUGCAAUGUCUCUUAACUAGUGUUGUAAUGGCUAAAAUCACAUAAACGUUUGUGUCCUUGAUGGUGUCUGCUCUUCUUUCCCUUCCUUUUCUCUUUAUGGAGUUCUUUAUUAUCAAUUUAAAUAUAACUUUCAGAACACACUACAUUAAAUUCUUUUAAAUAGGAACGGGA